AUGCGUCAUUGUCGACGUCCACCAAACCCAGACACUAUUGAAGAUUUGGCAGGUAUUCUGAAUGAACAUAUGGCAUAUGCAUCAACCUUGCAGCAUCCGCCUUCAAGGUUUUUUCAACAACUAUUUGAAGCUGAGGGAGAAACUGUUGGAUUAGUAUUUUUUAAUUUAGAUGCCAUCGAAAAGUAUAGAAAUGAGCUUUUAUCUGUCAGAGUUGCAGGAAUUGAUGGAACCUUUAAAACAGUACCAAAACGUCCUUCUCAGCUUACUAAUGGUUGCCUUCUGACCUUUCAUGUACUUUUUCAUAAUGUUUCUUUUCCAAUGGUAUAUGCUCUCACAUCGAAAAUGACGCAAGCAACAUAUGAAUCGUUCUUCCAUAUUGUUUUGAGAAUUUUGCCAUUGAAUUAUGCUCAACUGACUAUAGUUACAGACUAUGAAAGAGGCUUGAUGAAUGCUGUGAGAAGCAUUUUUAAUGAAAGCAAUCUGCAAGGUUGUUGGUUUCAUUUCUGCCAAGCUGUUAUUCGAUACUGCCGAAGAACCUUAAAUAGUGUUUUUCACUUAUUUCAAAAUAGCCCAGAAGCCAAUCGAGUAUUAAGAAUGGUAUUGGCAUUGCCUCAUCUCCCAGCAGAAGUACACCCUGAGUGUCAAUUCACUAUGGCCGAAGGGUUUAAUACCAUAAUUGAGUAUGCCAAUGGUAUUGAAGAAAUAUCAGAACGAUUACAAGGUUUUUUAAUUGGGUAUAUUCAACAGUUUUGGUUUAAUCAAAUAGGUGCCUCAUGUAUAAGUGUUUUUGGGUCAGAUAUUCGUACAAAUAAUUAUCUAGAAUCUUUCCAUUCCACAUUGCUGUCACAACUUGGAAGGCACCCCAAUAUCUGGGAUUAUAUGCCAAGAUUGUUGUCUAUUGAAAACCAGUAUUACAUAGAAAUGGACCAAGCUAGGAGAAAUUUAACCAUUAGAAACAAUACAACACGGGUCCGACGAGCUGAAACUUCUUCUAAUAUAAGACACUAUAUUCAGUUAUUAAAUGAAGAACAAGAUAUUUUGAUGUUUCUAAGAAGAGCAGGUCAUACUAUGGACGGAUAUAAUGAAAGACAGCUUGGUCCUCGACCAUUGGAACCAUAA